AUGGAUUUAGCUGUAAGAAAGACAACACGUGCUCAGUUAACCAAGCUGAUAAAUCAAUCGAAAGAUAUAAUCACGCGGCAAUUAAAUAGUGAUAUUGUUGAUGAAAUCGACGUAUUACUAGCGAAAAUAAAAGCGGUUCAGAUAAAUUUAGAAGACGUAAACGAGAGAUUGGCGCCUACGUUUGGAGAAGAUCAAAUGGAAGCGGAGUGCGAAAAAAUCAUAGAGUACAAUGAACAAGCGAUGGACGCCAUAGCAAGGUUGCAGUGCCGCCGUCGGAAGGCUAACGUCAGCGCCGUCAGCGGGGAAACGACUAGCCAGGCGCCCAGUCCAGCUGGAAGCGGGACAUCUCCAGCGAUUGGUAUACAAACAACCGUUAAAAAUACGGUAAGGUUACCGAAACUAGAAUUAAAGAAAUUCAACGGUGAUAUCGCGACGUGGCCAGAAUUCUGGGAACAAUUUAAACAAUCGGUUCAUGAUAGCGAAUUAGAUGACGUAGGCAAGUUUGCUUAUUUAAAAUCUUAUUUAACGGGACGUGCGGCGGCCACUAUAGCUGGGUUGACGUCGAGUGGAGCUUCUUACGUAAACGCGAUAGAACUUUUGAAAGCGGAAUUCGGAAACUCGCAACGUAUCGUCGAUUCAUACGUUGAAACAUUAAUGGAUAUCGCGUCGGUAAAAUACGAAACGGACAUUAACGGGCUUCGAAAGCUAUUUAAUACAGCGUCAACAAUAACAAAAUCUUUAGCGACACUAGGAAUAGCGCCGGAACAAUACGGACUCCUAGUAAAAUCAAUAAUAUUUAAAGCGUUACCGUAUAAAAUGCGAGUGAGAUUUAAUAAGGACAAAUUUACGGGACAAUUCAAUAACGAACACGAGAAUAGCGACGAUGCGGUUUCGGUUAGCGGUGAUUCAACUCAAAGCGCGGAUUACAACAAAGAGUUGACAAAUUUACUUCAGUUUAUAAAAAUUGAACUUUGUUCAUUAGAACAAGCGGAGUGCGUGACAACCGGACCAGGCAAGGAUCGUAAUAAAACCGAUAAUCAAAAAUCUAAACAAGGUCACGGGUACGCGAAAAAUAAAGACAAUUAUACUGUGGCGGGAUUGUUAACGGAAGUAAAGAACGUGUGUUUCUUCUGCAAGUCGUCAGAUCAUACAACACCAAAUUGCAACGGAUCCUUGACAAUAACACAGAAAAAGGACAAACUCAAAGCCGAUAGACGAUGUUAUAGAUGUACAAAACCAAAGCAUCUAUCAAAGGAGUGCAAAACUAAUAUCAAGUGCAGAAGAUGCCUCCAGCGACAUGCAACGACUGUAUGCGAGCGAAGAAAACUAAGUGACCAGAGGCGUACAGACGACGAGGAUACAGCGACAAAUUCAACAAGUUUGCUAACAAACGGUCAACUGAGUAAAGUGUAUUUACAAACAGCGUGCGCACAAAUAGUAACGAAAGAUGACAAUGCAACGAUAAGAUUGGUGCUGGACGGCGGUAGCCAACUCACAUUCAUAAGAGAAUGUAUCUCUCGUCAAUUAGGACUAAAAGUUAUUGGCAAGCAUAAGAUAUCUAUUCAACCAUUUGGCGAAAGAGAUCGAACACCAGCGAAGUUAUGCAAUCGAGUGCAAGUAAACCUCAAAUGCUUGAAUACAGGAAACAUAACUCAGAUUAAUGCAGUAGAAGUUCCUGAAAUUUGUUUUGAUACACUGAAUCCACCUACAUUAAACGAACCAGCGAUCAGACAAUUUGCAGCAAAGUAUCAGCUGGCUGAUAGUUCUGAAGAAGGACAGC